ACAUGUAGAAUCCUUAUCUCACGCCUCCAACUUGUCGGGUUAUCUUCGGUCCGAGAACUUACCAAAGAACACCAGAGCUUCCAUUGGUUUUGACUUGCAGGGAACUCUCAUGCAGCCCGAGACUCGGAACUGGCGCUAGAUGAAAGGUAGCUGCGUACCCCGGCCUUGACCUCAUUAAUCGUGCAUUUUUGUCGUUCGCGAACUUCGAACCCCUUCGCGCUUUUCUUUUUUUUAUACCUUUUUUGUUACUUCUCUUCUUCCACUUGCAUCGCGAAAGGUUUGUCCCACGAAGUAUCGUGCACGAGACACUACCAGCUUUCCUUCAAACUAGUCAACAUGUCGGAUUCUGGCAAGCAAGACGAGAAGCCCACGGGCGAGCACGAGAUCGAUCAUGACCGUGAGCACGACAAUGAACAUGAGCAAGGAACUGAGAUGUCAGGAGCUGAGGAGGUGUGUUAGGCGCGCAAAGAGGUGGAUCUUAGAAGGAAACUGACGCCACACCCCUAGGAAGAAAUCACUGCCAUGAAGCGCCGCGUGGCAGAGAUGGAAGAGGAGGCCAAGAAGCUUCGCGAGAUGCAAGCAACUCUGGAACAGCAAUCUGCGGACCUUGCGGAUGACAAGGAAUCCAUCGAUGCACGCAGCAUCUUUGUUGGCAACGUCGAUUAUUCAGCCUCGCCUGAAGAUAUCCAGAGUCACUUCCAGAGCUGCGGCUCCAUCAACCGAGUGACCAUUCUUCUUGACAAGUUCACAGGUCAACCGAAGGGCUACGCCUACGUCGAGUUCACCGAGCCGAGCUUGGUCGCCCAGGCUCUUGUUCUCAACGAGAGUGUCUUCAAGGGACGUAACAUCAAGGUGACCCCCAAGCGCACCAAUGUCCCUGGCAUGAGCCGUGGGCGUGGUCGCGGUGGGUUCCGCGGUGGCCGAGGCUUUCAUGGCCGAGGCAGCUUUCCUCGCGGUGGUGGUUAUCGCGGUGGCUACCGUGGUCGCGGGCGAGGUUUCGCCCCCUACUAGGAGCAGGGAGGCACUCUGCCGCUGGGACAUGGUCGACGAUCUGAGCAACCUAGGCCUUUCGAGAUCGAAGUUGAGGAAUCUCACGGGCUUGAAAACAACCCCUACGCGCAUGGAUAUGUUGGCCUGUGAUGGAACAGUUUCCAUCCAUCUUUUUCUUUGAAUUUAGGGUUAUGGUAAUAAGGAGAAGGGUGCUUUACUAGGAGAGGGGAACAGUAUAAUACUAUCGAUUAUCCAGGAACAGGAAAACACACAGAUAGCCAUGAACACCGAGGGAAGGGAUAGGAGUUCCGGUCUUGACGUUUCUUUCGUCUUAGCAAAAUCACAGUAAUCCAUCAAUGUUUGUUCCCAUCAUUAACUCAGUGCAAACGUCACCUGGAAUCAUCAUGAGCUAAAACGCAAUCUAAUCAGCU